GCAGCGAUGGAUGGAGUCGGUGCCAUGACAGAGCUCCAAGAGGUGCAGAUCACUGAGGAGAAGCCGCUUCUGAAAGCUCCGGGAGGACCUGAUCCGGGCAAGGAUGCUGAACUGAUAGCAGCCAAACUUCUGCAGGAGCAUGGCCAGAAACACACGGUGGAGACACCUUAUGGAGUUGUGACAAUCACCAUCCACGGGACCCCCAAGCCCAAACGCCCGGCCAUCCUCACCUACCAUGAUGUGGGACAAAAUCAUCAUUCGUGCUUCGACACCCUCUUCCACUUUGAGGACAUGCAAGAGAUCAUAAAGAACUUCGUGGUGAUACAUGUGGAUGCGCCUGGCAUGGAGGAGGGUGCCCCGGCCUUCCCUCUGGGGUACCAGUAUCCUUCGCUGGACCAGCUGGCCGACAUGAUCCCCUGCAUCUUGCAAUAUGUCAACUUCACCAGCAUAAUUGGGAUUGGAGUCGGAGCUGGUGCUUACGUCUUGGCGCGUUACAGCCUUUCUCAUGCAGACACUGUGGAAGGUUUGGUUCUGAUCAACAUUGACCCCAAUGCCAAGGGCUGGAUGGAUUGGGCCGCUCACAAGCUGACUGGCCUCACGUCCUCCAACUCUGAUAUGAUUCUCCAUCAUCUCUUCAGCCAGGAGGAACUCUCCAAGAACAAUGAGUUGGUACAGCAGCAGCGGGACAUCCUGGGGCAUGCGACCAAUUUGCCCAACAUCCAUCUCUACUGGAGCAGCUACAACAGCCGCAGAGACCUGAGCCUGGAGCGUGGAGGAGACAUCUGCUUCAAAUGUCCUGUGAUGCUGGUAGUGGGAGACCAGGCCCCUCAUGAAGAUGCAGUGGUGGAGUGUAAUUCCAAACUGGACCCCACCCAGACCUCUUUCCUCAAGAUGGCAGAUUCAGGAGGACAACCGCAGCUGACCCAGCCUGGGAAACUGACUGAGGCCUUCAAGUACUUUGUGCAAGGCAUGGGAUACAUCCCUCAUGUACUGGAUAAGAAACUGAGCCUGGGUGGCUUCGUCCUGCAUGACGCGCCUGUCCCGCUCACGCACCGCCUCCCUGUCCAGUGCAACUUCCGGGGACGGGAACCGCUCCCGCUCGCGCACCCUGUCCCAGAGCAGCGAGGCGGGGGCACCUCAGCCGCCUGCCCCCACCAUGGAGGUGUCCUGCUGAGCGCCAGGCCAGGGGACGAGACCGCCUCCCACCUCUGAACAGGACUUCUUCUGCUAUCCCACAAUGCACUCCGGCUGCUGGGCCAUGUGACGAUCUCCCCUAACGGUACUAAAUGUCCAGGGAGGCCCAGAUGGGAUGCAGUUUUACUCUUUUUAAAACCAACAUUAACUCCCCUCGACCCUUCCUUCUCACCCAAUACAUACACACCUCCCUCGCCAACCCCACCCUGUUCUCUCCCAUAACCUAAAACUAGUGUCAGCCCCCAGUUUACUUAAUGACCCUCGACACCUAAGGAGAUACGGAUGGAAGACUACUAUAUACUUUCUAAACUGUUAGACCCUCAGCACUUACUCUGGAUUUCUCCUUUGUCCUGUCCUCCGUCCCCUUGCACACUUAGUUUCCUUAACAAGGGAGGUCUGGAUUUUAUUUUGUUUUCUGUUUUUGUUCGGUCUAAAUCACAACUAACCAUUGUCCCCUUCCCCUGAUUUCUGAGUGAUACGUUCUUGGAAUAGCCUGGAUGGGCAUCAGAUCACCUUGCCGGCUCUCUCGGUCCCCCGUGGAGUGUACGUAGGCAAAAGCAGGACCUCAUGAGAGAGAUGCACAAGCCCCCAUAAGGACUUGUAUUGCUACUGUCAUGCCAACAUAACACUCCUUAGAAAGGGAGUGGCAUUUCCCCUCCUACAACCCUGUGCCCUCAUCUGCAUCUUGUCUGCUUUGGUCUCCCAAGACCCACCUCCAUUCAGUCUGUCCUGAGAGGCUCUAGUUCCUUUGCAGGGCUAAGACCAUUUUUCUCCCCUCUAAGAGAAGCUCACCCCUGCAAGUUUUUCCCCAUCUGUCUUUGCUCUCAUUUUGUAUCCUCACGCCCCUCCCAUACAUACACCCUCCCUGCUCAAUGGCUGCAUUUCUCUUUCCUUCCCCAUCCCCAUCUCACUCCUUCAGAAUAAUCCCUUGUAGAUGGUAGCAGCUUUGUGGUGUGCAUGUAUGGUUCCCGCUAAGACAGCGAGCGAUUCUGGCGGAUCGGGGCAUUUGGCGAGGCUGAGAUUGGGGGGAGGGGUUCUGGGGAGGGCAGGAUUGUUCCUCUGGGGAUGUUGCAGGGGAAAGUCGGGGUGGGAGAUGGCUUGGGGCUUGAGCCAGAUUUCAUUGCUGCGACUGUGCCAGGCACAGGUGGCAGUCGGUGAUGGUUGUACUGGCUUCGUGUAACGAGACAAGUGGAGAACGCCGACGGUGGUCGGAUGUGAAUUUUUGCAACAAAAUGCUGACUGUACUAGGUUCUGGCUACUGGCUUUGAGCAGGGCUCUUGUGGUGCUGCUGUGGAGGGUGACCUUUGCGUCAGCUUAUUCUCUAAUGGAAUUCUAACUGUACCAGUUCUUUGAAUGUUAUCGGCUGUAUUAAAAAACCUACAUGUAUAGAUAGUGUUUGCCAUGUUGAUCUCGCAGAAUAAGUAAUCCACAAUUUAAAAAGGUAAAAUAUUUUCUUUGGACCAGCUAGCGUGAGAGAAAGCAGUAUGUAAGCUUUUGAGUGACACAGAAUGUUCGUCAUACUGCAGAGCAAAGAGGACUGUGUAACCUGAAAGCUGGAAUACUCCCACGCCAGAGAUGAUGGUCAAAUUAGAAAGACACCUUACUUAAACCUGAAUUGGCACUGGGGGUUAAUGGCUCAGCUGCCUAUGUAAAGGGGCAUUGUUUGAAAUGGGUUCCGGCUGGAAUAUUAGCUCCUGCGUAUAAUGGGAUCCUGUUGUAUUUGAGAAUGUGUGGGCUCUUUUUUCCCCCAGAGCAAUUGAUGGUGAAUCCCGACUCUUAACAAUAAAGUCUCUAGAGGAAUGA